CGCAGGGUCUCGCAGCUGCGCCAAGAGAGAGCAAUAGAAGCCCGGGACCCUCCUUUACACGUAUCUUCUCUGGGGCCAGAGAAACUUUCGAGCGGCAGCGCCUGCUUCUCAACUGAACUUGCAGACGGAAAAGCCAGUUCAGCUCACCGUUGCUCUCACUACCCACCACUCUACCCCUUUGCGCCCUACAACAAGGAUGGCGCCUCAUCCCUCGUGUGCGCCCCCUGUCCAAGUGACCCACGAGACGGAGCAGCGCUUCCCGGGAGCCUCGGACGACGAAGUGACCUGCGUCGCAUCCACUCCACCCAGCCCCACUCGCGUGCUGGAGAACUGCGCCGAGACGGAAGGGGGCGCCUGCCGAGGGGCCUCGAGGAAGCUCCGGGCGCGGCGCGGGGUGCGCAGUCGCCCCAAGAGUGAGUUGGCUCUGAGCAAACAGCGACGGAGCCGGCGCAAGAAAGCCAACGACCGCGAGCGCAAUCGGAUGCAUAACCUCAACUCUGCGCUGGACGCGCUUCGCGGCGUCUUGCCCACCUUUCCGGACGACGCGAAGCUCACCAAGAUCGAGACGCUGCGCUUCGCCCACAAUUAUAUCUGGGCGCUGACGCAGACGCUGCGCAUAGCGGACCACAGCCUCUACGGGCUGGAGCCGCUGGCGCCGCCCGGCGAGGAGCUGGCCAGCCCAGACGGCGGUUCCCCGGGAGACUGGGGCUCCCUCUGUUCCCCGGUCUCCCAGGCCGGAAGCCUGAGUCCCGCCGCCUCGCUGGAGGACCGACCUGGGCUGCAGGCGCCUGUUUCCCCGGCCUGCCUGCACCCUGGCGCUCUGGCCUUUUCAGACUUUCUAUGAAGGGGCCUGUCCGCCGCUGGGCAGUGGGUCCUGGGAAAAGGGGCAGGGGCGGAGGCUGUCGGAGACGCGCGGCGGCGGCUCUCAAACCUACUUGGUCCUCCUGCCUCUGGCUCACUGACCCCUGAGGGCCCAGGCACCCGAGAGUGGCAGGCCGGGUUCAAUCCCUUGGUCUUCUGCGCUACAUCCUCUGCCGCUGCCCGCGCGAGUGGGCACGGCAUGCUCCACGCAUUUUAAGCCCUCUCCCCGUGGCCACCCAAAAAUCUCCUGCAAAAAAGAUGAGCGCGGUAGCACUACACAGCAGGAGGUACCCACUGUCUCCCCGCCCCCUCACUGAUGUCUAUCUGCCUGUCUCUUACCAACUCCUCCCCCAGUGCUACUUCAUCCAGUAUUUGGUCUCUCAGCGCUCACUCUUGUUCCCCAGGUUGUCUUCUUCAAAGUUGUCUCUGACCUCCUCUAGUCCCUGUCAAGCCCCGGGGGUUUGGGCCUCUCUACUCUGCCUUAAUCCAUGAAGGUGAUGCUCUGCCUUCUUGUGCACUUUUCCGGAGCCAUUGCCCUCUCAGGGGCAGGAGGCAAGGCGACCCACUGGGGGAGCACCUCUACCACCAUCCUGCAAACUGGAGCGCCCUUGUCUUAAAAAAAAAAAAAAAAAAAAAAAGCUUGUAAAUGAUGUAAUGUCUCUUGAAAUGAAUUUUUGUCUGGUAAAUUAUAUGG